AUGGUUAUGGGUUUCCUGGAUGACACCAAAGUGAAGAACUUCAUCACUUGCUUCAAAGACGUGACCUUCCUCACGUUCUUCUUCACGCGGCUGGAGCGGAACCGCAGCGGCCGCUACGAGCGCGAAUUCCCGUUCGUGUCCCGCUGCGGCGCGGAGCGCAACCUCCUGCGCUGCGAGCACAGACCCAUCGUCUUCACCCGCCUCCUGCCCCCGGACGCCUCCUCCUCAGCCUCCUCCUGCUCCCGCCGCGCCGUGCUGUCGUUCUGCGGCGGCGGGGAGCGGCUGGCCGUGCCGCUCCGGCCCGAGGCGCUGGUGAUGCUGCCGGAGAACGGGCGCUUGUACCACCCGGCGCCGGGCCGGGCGGGGGGCGCGGGGCCGGUGCGCUCGGCGCUGGCUCUGGAGUGGGGGUCCCGCUUCGAGUACGAGCAGGGGCCGGAGCAGCCCCCGACUCACUUUUGGUGGGAGGGGAAGAGGUAUCGGCUCACGGGGGAGCUGGUGCAGCUGCUGCGGGGAGGGGAAGGGGCGGGGGAGGCGGAGAGCGGCGGGGCCGCGGGGCGGGGGUGAGGCUUGGAGGGGGUGG